AGGAGUUCCUGGUGUUAUGUUGUUGGUCCUAUUGGUGGUUGUUAUAGUGUACCGAGCAGAACGAGGGCUCUGCUAUGCUGUGGAGAAGAUCCACCAGUUGGCGGUGCCAGAUGGAAGAUCCAGGGACCGGCUCACGUGGUGUGGCGGGAUGAAACCGAGUGGAUCGCCAACAUGGCAGUAAGUCAAGUCAAUCAAUGUCAAACCUCCCCUCAGGGGUGCACCAAACCUCCUCUCACCUCUCCUCGCUGGUCGGCUCGAGAUACCGUGUUCGAUCUCACCUUAAUCCUAGACCGCUGCAGCUUAAUUCUCGGCUCUUGUCGCCUGGGACUGCUCACUCCCGCCAACUCCGCAUCCUCCUGUCCUGACGCUCGAUACCCCACUUGAACACUCACCUCCUUUUCUGGGCCAACACUCUCUCCACGUCGAUCAGUAAACAGAGUCAGCACCAUGUUCUCAUCAUUCACCUCUUCGUCGGCCAUCUCGAACCUGGGCACCCGACUGCGUCGAGCGAUCCACUUGGGCGACGAGGCGGACGACCCGGAUCACGAAGACUGCUCGCACAUCUCGAACGUGCUGCGCGCCUACUACACGGAGAAAGCGCGGCCGUUUCCGGGAUGGCUCCCACCUGACCCGAAAGCGCCAACACCGGCACCAGGGCGGGUCAUUGCUACGACUCAGAUCCAAGCAGGCGGCGGCGGCGGCGCCCCAGCAACGUCGGCGUAUGGACGCGGUGGCGGACUGGGAGACCUGUGGGGGGACUCGGGUUCUGCGAUGCCCCCGACGUCGCAGACGGCCAGUCUGCGUCGAGGCCGACUGGCGCCCGGCAAUAGUAUGGGGGCCCCUCUGUCUGCCACGGCCAGCGCACCGUCGGGUUCGAUUGCAUCACCCCCUAGUCAGUCGCCUGUACCUUCGGCGCACCCGACCGGGGCGCGUCCGCUGCCCAGCCAGCGAGCCGGGUCCUAUCAGACGAUCUCGGGACCGGUCACGGGGGCAGGAAGUCCAGGAUUAGAGCGUGCAACGUCGGCCCAGGAAAGACUGCGCGCCAGACUGCAUGGGGGCCGGUCUCCCAGUCCCGGGCAGAAUCCGAGCAGUCGGCCGGGUUCGCCAUAUGUUGGGGCGGAUCCUAGUGCACGAAAACCGGUAGGCAUGCCGGGUCGACGAUAAUGGACGGC